AGUUCUUCGAGUAAACGUAAUUAAGUACCGGUACCACCGCAUUUAUAAGUGUCAUGGUUCUAAUACUUUCGAUACUGAUCGGUAUUACUUAUUUGUAUUUAGCCGGUGCCAAGCCUGCUGUUAAGUAUUAUGCCAGUAAAUACGAUCAUAUCGAUGUCGAAGCGAUUUUGAACAAUCGCAGGAUGGUCAAUUAUUAUUCGAGUUGCUUGUUGAAUAUGGGGCCUUGUCCACCCGAAGGGGUUGAAUUUAAAAGAAUUCUUCCUGAAGCUCUUCACACAAAUUGCGGACGCUGCACGGAAAAACAAGCCACUGUAGCCUUACGUGCCAUAAAACGACUGAGAAAAGAAUACCCCAAAGUUUGGAGCCAACUAUCCGAAAAAUGGGACCCCGAUGAUAUUUAUGUUAGGAGAUUUGAAGCUACUAAUUUUGCAUCUAGAAGCGUAAACGAUGUGAAAAACACAAUCAACGAUGCCAAAGAUGACCAGCCUACUAGAAUCUCAUUAGUUGAAAGUUUGCCACCGAAUCCACUCAGUGUACCAUCAACCACUGAAAAAGUCACCACAUUAAUUAACCCAUUACCAUCUAGCACCACUACUAAACCAACUGUUUCUUCAUUUUCAAGUUCAUCUAGCACUAGAACUAGCUCAACUACGACUAAACCAACUGUGUCAUCAUUAUUCACUAGUUCAACAACCCCUAGAAUAUUGAGACCCAUCCCCAAUCUUUUGCCGAUCAACACAUUUUUCACUAACCCGCCCAUCCCCAUUAGGCCAAUCAAUCUUAAUAUUGGGGCCAAUAUCGGAGCUACGGUGAGUGGGCUAGUCAGGAGCUUGGGGGCUAUAGGCUCAAGGGUGAUGGAAACGGGGGCCGAAAUCGCCGGGGUUGUUAUUAAGAAUUUGAGCAAGCCUUUGUCGUUGUAGAAUGACUUUGAGCGAGCUCAAGGCUAAUUUAUUAUUUUAGUUUAAAAACAAUGUAUGAAUGGGAUGUUUUUGUAAAGUCUUGUUAGAUCACAUUUAAGAAUAACAGAUUUUAUCUUAAAUUUAAUGGUUGUGAUGUUAAUUGGCAUAAAACCGCCAAUUUGCAACCACAACAUUUUCUAAAUUAUUCAAUGGUUAAUUAUUUCAUAACUAAAUUCCCACAAAUUUGUGUGUUGUGGUGAAAAUUUAAAUAAUAUCAUUAAAUCAUAUUGUUCUAACAAAUUUCCAUUUUUCAUUCAUGUUGUGUUCAUCCAUUAAUUUUUUAGGUGAAGGCAAUUAAACAUGUCGAAAAAGCCGUAACAGGCUUUGCAAAGGAAAAACUAGGGAUGAUCAGGAAGAUUUUCGUAAUACCGCCUUGGAGGGGAGCCAGAAGAAAAUUUGGGCAUUUCAAGUGAAAUUUUUCGUAUUUCUAAGUUGUGUGAUAAAAUUUGUUUAUUUCCUUAACAAGAUUAUAUUAAUUUUGUAUAAUAUAUUAUUAGGUUUAUAUCUAACUAUCUAAUUUUUGAAUUCAUUGUGAUUGUGCAUAUUAAAGAA